ACGUCACAAAGACGCGACACUGCGUUGGCAAAUAGACCGUUUGUUUUGGUUCCGCUUCUGGUGGUUGUCCGAUUUCAUUUGAGGACUUUCUUCUGUCAUUUGACGAGCUUCAGAAUGGAAUUUACCCGCCUGGUGUUUGUGACCUUGUUCUGCCCUUGUACACACGCCACAUUGCUGCCCAAUUUUGUUGUGAUCUUUGCCGAUGAUGUGGGUUUUGGGGACUUGGGUUGUUACGGACACCCCAGCUCGCUUACACCGAAUCUGGACCGACUUGCAGCGCAGGGACUCCGCUUUACGGACUUCUACAGCACCAGUCCCGUCUGCAGUCCGUCCAGGGCGUCGCUGCUGACUGGUCGCUAUCAGACCCGCUCGGGGAUUUACCCCGGAGUUCUGUAUCCCGGUUCCAUCGGUGGACUACCGCUCAACGAAUCCACCAUCGCCGAGGUGCUGAAGCCUCUGGGCUAUGCCACGGCUGCCGUGGGGAAGUGGCACCUGGGAUUCGGGACGAAUGGAAUGUUCCUUCCUACCAAGCAGGGCUUCGACGAGUACCUCGGCAUACCGUACUCACACGACAUGGGUCCGUGUCACAACCUGACCUGCUUCCCUCCGGACGUUAAAUGCUUUGGGCAGUGCGACGUGGGCACCGUUCUGGUCCCGCUGAUGCACAAUGAAGUCAUCAAGGAGCAGCCCGUCAACUUCCUGGAUCUGGAACGGGCAUACAGCGACUUCGCCACCAGCUUUAUCACCACCUCGGCCAAGAAGAAGCGACCCUUUUUCCUCUACUAUCCGUCACACCACACCCAUUACCCCCAGUAUGCUGGCGAGGGGGCUGCCGGAAAGACAUCAAGAGGCCCAUUCGGAGACUCUCUGCUGGAGUUUGACAACACUGUUGGAAACUUACUUGCCACCUUGGAGGAGAGCGGAGUGAUUAAUAAUACGCUGGUGUUUUUCACGGCAGACAACGGGCCUUCGCUGAUGCGCACGUCCCGCGGCGGCAACGCCGGAACUCUGAGAUGCGGCAAAGGCACCACGUACGAGGGUGGGAUGAGAGAACCCGCCAUCGCCUUCUGGCCAGGCACCAUCAAGCCAGGUGUAACACGUGAGCUGGCCAGCACUCUGGACAUCCUGCCCACCAUCGCUAGGCUUGCAGGAGCAAAAUCGCCCCCAGUGGAGCUGGAUGGUGUUGAUAUGACUGAAAUCCUGAUCAAUCAUGGAAAGAGUAAAAGGGAGGCUAUGAUGUUCUACCCUACUGAUCCCAGUGAAAAGUUGGGCCUCUUCGCACUCCGACUUGGAAAGUACAAGGCACACUUCUUCACACGAGGUUCAACCUUAAGCAGCACCACCCCCGACAAAGAAUGCUCAGUGUUCGCCGUCCUUACCGCUCACGAUCCGCCGCUGCUCUUCGACCUGGAGGCGGACCCCUCGGAGUAUUACCCGCUAGUGCCGGGCGGCGAAACGGAUAUCCCGGCGCUGCUGGAGAGAAUCAAGAAAGUCAAGGAGCGUUUUGAAGCCUCCAUGUUGUUUGGAGAGAGUCAGAUCAGGAAAGGAAGUGACCCGCAGCUGGAGCCUUGCUGCAGUCCGCAGUGCAGACCGAAACCUCAUUGCUGUCAAUGCUGACGGCUUGUAACAAAAGCAUUGCAAAUAUCCAUUAAGGAGUACAAUAAUCUUUGUUCAUUGCGGUAUUUCUGUUGACUGUGAAUAUUGCACUGUUUCUAUGUCAUGUUUCUAAUACCACAAAUACCACCAAUAGUAUGCAGGCUCCCUCUCAUGGUACGUGAAAAAAAAAAUCAUAGAAUUAGAUGUUCGAACCGUGCAUGUUACUGACUUCCUUUGUUUCAAUCCAGUGCAGUACAUUUGGUAAGUACAGUUCAGUUGGAUUUAACAUUUAACGAAAAUAUGAUUUGUUUUAAAAUUGAUUCAGGUACAUUUUUAGGUAACAUGGUUAAGUAUUUUUUGAGGUUGUACUUGAGUCGAAAAUUUAUAGAAGCAGUGGUUUAAGUCACGUUUUAAUUCACUAACACAACAGUGAUAAAACAAUACCAAUGUGCUGGCUAAAUUUUUAUUUUAUUUUUUUGCCUGUGUAGAUCCUCAGUCAUGAAGUCAAGAGUUGUAAUUUUAAGAAAAUAAAGUCAUGCUAUUCAAACAAAUCUGAUUAUGAAUAAAAAAUCAAAUGCUACAUGAAGAGAAUAAAGUUAUUGCACAUUUUGAGAAGAAAAUAAUAGUACGGCGGUCCCGUGUGUUUUGUUGUAACAAUAAAAACAAGAAGAAUGAUUUUGGACAUCAAGCAUAUAUUUUAUUCUUAAGACCAAAUUCACGACAAAGCAGAUUCUUUUUUUCCCCCCUCCCUUGAGUUGUACAAGUUUGAAAGGUAAAAGAUAAUAUAUGUUGCUCAGUCACAUACUGUUCCUCUAAUGUACGUAGUAUACACAAUCACCCGAGCCAAUUAGCAACGUAGCCACGCAGUACUUCAUCAUCUCCAACACCCAUUUUUGCCUGAGUUUUUUUUUUUUUUAUCAGGGCAACAGCAUUCACCACAUUAUGUCCUAAAUGUAAUAUGCAAAAAUAUGUUGAAACGUCCCAAAUAUUGCAGAUCACAUACAUGAACGUGUUGUUCUUUGUUGUUGUGGUGGACUCUUGAAUCCAUGACAUACUCAGUAGUUGAAUAACAGAGGUGAAAAAACGGACACAGCACUACUUAGGAGUCUCUAUGGUUUUAUACACCAGCAAAAUGAUAGCAGUGGGAUGGAGGAAAAAAACAGCCAAGCCCUGCCAAAAUCCUACCAAAGCAAUUUCCAUAGGGCUGAUUGAGCAUCUAUACAAUAUCCUUGAUAGCCAUUCUACUAGUGCGCCGAAUUGUGAGAAUACUAGUACAUGGAACCUAAAACGCAUAUCAGUGAGGUCGAAUAAAUGUUCAAACGUC